GGUAGAGGGAAAAGACUGCACACCCUUAUCCUUAACUUGACACUGGUGCUUGACAUGACUUACAGGAUAUAUGAAUUCAUCACUAUUGUAAUGAUCAAAUGUUGGAUUUUACGUUUUAUAUAUUCUAUAUAUUCUCAGAUCCGGGUUAACAUUAUCAAAUUUUGAAAAAGAAAACAAGGAAUUUUUUAGAAAAAUUAGCGUCAUAUUUAGAUUUAUCAGCAAAAAUUAUCUAACAUAUAAUAUUUAGAAUACCAAAAGAUUAUUAGAACAGGAAUUGUUGUAAUUUAAAGUUUUGAAAUUUUAUAGGAGUUUGACCAUAAUAUCUAACUGCAGUGAAAAAUUUUCACUCCAGGUAUAAUUUGUGUGGUCAUUUCUUUAUACAACACCAAAAGUAGAGGCAGUUUUUUAUUGAUUUCAUUUUGCUAAAUGAGUUACAUAGCUAAAGCUAAACAACCUUGUCCCCAACGCUCAUCCUUGCAUAUGAUAUGCUGACAAGUUAAGUCAUAGGGAAUGAAGUUGGUAGCUAAUGAUACUUUAUUGAUUUAAAGUUUUACACUGUAAUCCAUAUUUUUAUAAAAUUUCUUAAUGCAAAAAAACCUAGAUAUGUUCUCCUCCAAAAAUGUACAAUUUUGUAGAAUCUUCCACGGCUGAGACUAAAAAACAUUAUCUAAUUGUAUUGUAAAAUUGCUUCGUUGUACUGAGUGUAUAAACUUGAAAAUUUGUAUGUGUCCAUAAUUUUGAUGCUGAAUAUAUUGGUCAUUUUUGAAAAUGAUCAGAAAAUUUUAAGCACAUUAACCCAGAAGAGUUUGUGUGUUUUACUUACUUACUUAGUUUGAAGUAAGUAAGUGUGUUUUACCCCAUCUAAAUGUAAAGUACAGAACAAUAUCAAGUGAUAUUGCAUCCAUGAGAAUAGCUAGGACUCAAAUGACACUAGCACCACAUAUUUGUGACACCCAUCUUAUCAUACAUAUCUCAAUAUCUAAUGAUAACAUGCUUCAUUUUUGAAUAGUGCUUUCACAAGACUUUUUGGAACUAGUUUGGUGUAAUUGCUGAGGAAGACAACAAAUAAAAAAUAAGUGUAUAGAUAAAGUGAAGAUGGAUAUUGUUAUAUGUUUUUGUUUACUUCUCUUGUCAAAAUCAACUGCUGGUAUAAAUCCAUAUGAAACUCUAAAUGUAAAACCAUCAGAUUCACAAAAGACUAUUAAAGCAGCAUAUAAAAAACUUGCAAAAGAAUGGCACCCAGACAAAAGUACAGAUCCUAAUGCCCAAGCUGAGAUGGUGAAAAUUAAUGAGGCUUAUGAGAUUUUGUCCGAUUCAGAAAAGAAAGAACAAUUUGAUCGCUAUGGAACUACAGAAAAAAUGUCACAGCAAGCAGCGCAUCACCACUUUUAUCAUGAAUUUAGAAAGGGACCAGGUGGAUCCUAUUCAUUUAUGUUUGAGGAUUUCCCGUUUGGUGCGGGUUAUCAUUCUCAUGCACAAAGAAAGUCAAACUUGUUGACAAGAUACAGCUACCAGAAUAUUAUUUUACCUGAUAGCCAUCAUAAAGUUUUUUUAAUAGCAGUAUUUGGAGAGUUUUGUUUUGACUGCCUUCGCUUGCAGCCAAUGUGGGAAAAGCUAGCUGAAAACAUGGACAGUGUUGGUAUUGGUGCAUAUGAGCUAAAUUAUGAUAGAAACCCCCAUCUGGCUUAUGAUUUGGGCUCUCAAUCAUACCCACAAUUCUUUGCAGUGGUAAAUGGCAGAUCUGUCCGUUACAAAGGAGGUGAAAUAAGCGAACGACUUAUUCGUGAUUUCAUUUCGUCUCUUUUACCACAUUCUCUUGUUGAUCGGAUUGUAGGGAAUGAACGAGAAUAUUUUGAACAAUCUUUCAAAGACAACAAACCUCAGUGUUUACUGUUUAGUAAACAUAUCUUUGUACCACUGCUGUUUCAAGUAGUAGCUUUCGAGUAUCGAUCAAAAGUGAAGUUUGCUUAUGUUGAUGUAAAAGAUGAACAAACUAAAUAUUUUCGUGAGAAGUACAACAUUAACAAGUACGAUCCAACAGUUGUCAUCGUCAAGGAGGAGCCCUCAUUACCAAUAGCUGUUACCACAGGCUCCGCUUUAAAACGAGGAACUUUGCGGGAACUUGUUACAAAAAAUCUCUAUUUGUACAUGCCAAGAUUGUCAUCUCAGACAUUGUUUAAUGAACUUUGUCCUAUGAAAAGUGCAUCCAGAAGAUGGCUUUGCAUUGUCAUGGUGACCUCUGAAAAUGAUGACUACAGUAGCCAUCUUUGGAAGCUUAGACAAAUGGCAAAAGACAAGCAGUUUGAAGAAAAAAGAGUUAGAUUUUUCUACAUCUUUAAAAGAAAACAAAACAAAUUUUUAAAUCAAUUUGAAAAUAGUGAUGUACAUUCUGUGCCGUGCUCCGAUGGUUCUAACCCUAAAGAUUUAUUAAUUUUAUGGAGAGCGCCAAGAAAUAAAGUUUUAUAUGAUUGGUUCGCAAACGGGUGGUGCAAAACAGAUGACUCCGUGGCACAGUUAGCAAACUACAUUGAUGAAAAUAUUAGUGGCGAAUCUGAACUGAAAUAUGAAAUUUACAAUCAAAUUGAUUUGAUAGAUGAACACUGGCAUGGUAUGGCAUGGGAUUUCAUCAAAAAAGUAUAUCAAGGUGUUCAACAUGUUGUUGAUUCAAUAGAUUCACCAAGUUGGUACAACGCUUCUUCUAUCGGUUUUAUCGUGUUGGUUGUGUUUGGUAUAAUGAUCAGUUGUGUAAUCCCUAUUACAAGUGAAUUUAUUAGUGAUACACCAAGUCCAUCACCAUCGCAACACAAACGAAAUGUUAACAGCAAUACCACCAUACUUGGUUUAAAAAAACUAGACUCGACCAAUCAGAAAACAUUUAUCCACAACUCUCCUGCAGGGAAAGUAACAGUGGCUGUUAUAGUAGAUUCAUUAAAUAUCGAUGACGUAGCCAGCUCUCCGAUUAUACAAGCUUUUGCAGAUGCAAUAUAUGGUUAUACUUCGAACUCUUGUUAUACGUUCACAUGGUUAUCAAUAGCAGAAAAUCUUAUCUGGUGUACCGAAAUCAUGAAUAUCAAUAAAUUUGGUGAGUUUUUACCUGGGACGGUGUUGGCGAUAAAUGGGUUUCGAAAAUAUAUUUAUAUAUAUAAGCCUGACGUUGUUACAACAGACAAUCCGCAACUGUCUGCUAACUUUAUCGGAUUUGAAAGCAGUGAGGAGGAGGGCGAUAGUUAUCAUCAACUCGAGAGAAUAAAAGUUAAAAGGGCAGCGAUAAAAUUGCGAAAAGACUUUCCUAGAUGGAUAGAAAGACUUUACGAAGGUACAUUGCCGAAUAGAAUAAAAAUUGACAAAUGGCCGAUAAUGGAGUCUUAACAUCCGACUGCCCAAAUCUCAUUGAAACUUGUGACAAAAAUUAAAUGACAAUUUUGAAAUUAUUUGUUUUUAUUAUUAUUUAUUGUUUUUGAUAUAAAUAUACAUAUAAAAAGUAUUUAUGGAAAAUAAAUGGAGUAAUCAUUUCAGAUGUUGUAAAAAACAUAGAAACAAAAUAAAUUUAUACUUAUACAUUGGUACAUGUAGAGCAAAA